UGGCUCUUCUUCCUCUUCAUCAUCCUCGGCGUGACGGCGGAGAAGUUCUUCUGCCCCAACUUGUCGGCCAUCUCCACCAACCUGAAGCUGUCUCACAACGUGGCAGGUGUCACCUUCCUGGCGUUUGGCAACGGGGCUCCGGAUGUCUUCAGUGCCGUGGUGGCCUUCUCCAACCCACGAACAGCGGGGCUGGCCAUCGGCGCCGUCUUUGUCGACAUGGUGGCCGGCUUCCUCACCUUCAUGGUACUCUACUUCGGCAGGAUCACGCUCGGAGAGGCCCUGGGUUACCUGGGACUCUACAUCUUCUAUGUCUUCACCGUGGUGCUCUGCACCUGGAUCCACCGGCGGCCGCUGCUGACGGACACUGAAGAGGGAGAGUCCUUGGGCACCAACAGCGGCGAUUACGGCGAGGAGUAUCGGCCCCUGCCCCCCUACCAGGAGACCUCGCUGCGCAUCCUGGCGGCGGCCCUCAGCCCCGUGGACUACCGCAAGUGGAGGAGGAAGCCUUGGUACUGGCGGCUCUUCAGGGUGCUCAAGGUCCCCGUGGAGCUGGUGCUGCUGCUCACGGUGCCCGUCGUGGACCCCGACAAGGACGACCUGAACUGGAAGAGGCCCCUCAACUGCCUGCACGUGGUCACCAGCCCCCUGCUCUGCAUCCUCACCCUCAAGUCGGGCACCUACGGGCUGUACCAGAUCCAGGGCGUCUUCCCCGUCUGGGCGCUGGUCAUGCUGGUCGGCACCGUCGUGGCCGUUCUGGUCUUCAGCACCACGAGCAACGAGGAGCCCCCCAAGUACCACUGCGUAUUUGCCUUCCUGGGGUUUUUGGCCAGCGCCAUGUGGAUCAACGCGGCGGCCACGGAGCUGGUGAACAUCCUCCGCACCCUGGGCGUCAUCUUCCAGCUGAGCAACACCGUGCUGGGCCUGACGCUGCUGGCCUGGGGCAACAGCAUCGGCGGUGAGGGGGCCACGCUGCCCCAGCCCGGCGCGGCCGGGGGACGCCGCUGCCUGGCCGACGGGGGGCCGAGAGCGGUGGCGAAGGGAGCUCCAGCCCAGGACCAGCCCCGGCGGACGCUCUGGCCUUUCCGACCCCGUACUUGCCCCGCUGCGUCUUCGCCCGCGUUCCUCCGGGACUGGACGGCUGCCUGA